UUGCUGAUUUAUGUUAUGCUUGCUCAUCUUUUGGCAUGUCUUUUAAAUCUGUGUAGACUUGGCCCUCUUCCCCUUGGACAAUUUCAAUGAGAAACAAUCUCUCCUUGUGACAAUUGUUGCCAUUUGGAAGCUCCCUCCCUCCUCCUCUUUGCUUUGCCAUUCUGCUCUUUGUCCUCACCUCAUUGCCUCUCCUUGGACUCUCUCCCCCCUAAGCCAUAUAAAUACACUUAAGAACAUUUCUCAAUUUCACAGUACUGCUGCUUCGUUUCUCUUAAAACAAUUCCAGCUACUUAACUACUUUAAGCCUAUAACUAGUAGUAAUAAUGACCGAACCAAAUCCACCUCUCCUACAGCACUUUGGAGCACUUUUCCGCCACCCAGUUGAAGUUCCUCCUGCACUUGAAUUUGAUGAAAGACAGAAUGCACCAGUCAUGGAAGAAUGCCAACUCCCAUUGAUAGACCUCACUGCUCUAAUAAAACAUCACAAUGAAAGGGAGAGGCUAGCUUGUUCUACUGCAAUAUGUAAAGCCUCAUCAGAGUGGGGAUUCUUCCAAGUUGUGAACCACGGGAUAAGCCCCGAGUUACUUGGGACCAUGAAGAAAGAGCAACUGAAGUUGUUCCAAACCCCCUUUGAGAGUAAAGCUUCUUGUGGGCUUCUAAACAAUUCGUACAGGUGGGGAACACCAACAGCUACUUAUCCAAAGCAGUUCUCUUGGUCUGAAGCUUUCCACAUUCCUCUCACAAAGAUUUCAGAAGAAGCUGGCUAUGGAGAGUUUAGCUCUCUAAGGGAAGUGAUGAAGGAAUUUGCCGCAGCUAUGUCAGAACUAGCUAGGCUACUAGCAGGGAUUCUAGCAGAGAAUUUGGGCCACCAAACGGGAGUUUUUGAAGAUAUUUGUGAUGAAAGCACAUGCUUUAUUCGCUUGAACCGCUACCCAGCAUGUCCAAUAUCACCAGAAAUGUUUGGCUUAGUGCCCCACACUGAUAGUGAUUUCCUCACAAUCCUCUAUCAAGAUCAAGUUGGUGGGCUUCAACUCAUGAAAGAUUCCAAAUGGGUAGCAGUAAAACCCAACCAAGAUGCUCUAAUCGUCAACAUUGGAGAUCUUUUCCAGGCAUGGAGCAAUGAUGUUUAUAAAAGCGUGGAGCACAAGGUGAUGGCUAAUAGGACGACCGAAAGAUAUUCUAUAGCUUACUUCCUUUGCCCUUCCUAUGAUUCUUUAAUUGGGAGUUGCAGAGAACCUUCAAUAUAUAGGAAGUUCACUUUCGGAGAAUACAGGAGCCAAGUUCAAGAAGAUGUCAAAAAAACCGGCUAUAAAGUAGGCCUUCCAAGAUUUCUUGUUUAGGACAUAUAUAUAUAUAUAUAUAUAUAUAUAGAGAGAGAGAGAGAGAGAGAGAGAGAGAGAGAGUACAAUCAGGACAUCACUGCAGCACAAGGAGUCAAGUCAAACACUAUAUCCAACGCUUUUGGAAUUUGGAUACACAAAAUUAAAUUUUUUUUUUUUUUUUUAAGUACCAGGAACAAUCUAGAUUACACGUUUAUAUUGAUGCCAAAAACCCUAUAUCCCACCACCUAUAUACGUUAUAAGUUCCUAAAUAUACAAUACCAUUUUAAAAUUUUCUAUUAUAAAAAAAAAAAAGGAAGAAGAAGAGAGAGACAAUAGAGCAGUGCUUUUAUUUUCCUGUUUGCUCCAAGAGAAUACAACAGUACUGCACGUGGUGUUUGUUA